CGGGUCCCGCGUCUGCCUGGGGAGGGGGCGCCGCGGGUGCGGCGGGUGUGGCCGGGCUGGCGCCCGACCCCAGCCGCUCUCCCGCUGGCUGCGCGCGCCCCCACACGCUGCCCCCAAACCCCCGAGCUCCACGGAGUUCAAAAAUGUCCAAAAAUGACAAAGAACCGUUUUUUGUGAAGUUUUUAAAGUCUCCAGACAAUUCCGAGUGCUUUCUUAAAGCUCUUGAGUCAAUAAAAGAGUUCCAGUCCGAAGAAUAUCUUCAGAUUAUUACAGAAGAAGAGGCAUUGAAGAUAAAGGAGAAUGAUAGAUCACUUUAUAUCUGUGACCCUUUUAGUGGUGGUGUCUUCGAUCACCUCAAAAAGCUUGGCUGCAGAAUUGUUGGUCCUCAAGUAGUCAUAUUUUGUAUGCAACACCAGCGAUGUGUCCCAAGAGCUGAAUAUCCAGUUUAUAAUAUGGUUAUGUGUGAUGUAACUAUAUCUUGUACAAGCCUGGAAAAAGACAAAAGGGAAGAAGUUCAUAAAUAUGUACAAAUGAUGGGUGGACGUGUAUACAGAGACCUUAAUGUAUCAGUAACUCACCUUAUUGCCGGAGAAGUUGGUAGCAAAAAAUACUUAGUUGCUGCAAAUCUAAAGAAACCAAUUUUGCUUCCUUCUUGGGUUAACACACUUUGGGAGAAAUCACAAGAGAAUACAAUAACUAGAUAUACUGAUAUAAACAUGGAAGACUUCAAGUGUCCUAUUUUUCUUGGUUGCAUAAUCUGUGUGACUGGCUUGUGUGGCUUAGAAAGGAAGUCAGUUCAGCAACUCACAGUUAAGCAUGGAGGCCAAUACAUGGGACAAUUGAAAAUGAAUGAAUGUACACACCUCAUUGUGCAAGAACCAAAAGGUCAAAAAUAUGAAUGUGCCAAGCGAUGGAAUGUACACUGUGUGACCACACAGUGGUUUUUUGAUAGUGUUGAGAAAGGUUUUUGUCAGGAUGAAUCCAUGUACAAGACAGAGCCUAGACCAGAAACAAACACUAUGCCUGAUACUUCAACUCCUGCUGGCCAGAUCAACACAAUUAAUAGUCGUACUCUUUCAGAUGUCAGCAAUAUUUCCAACAUCAAUGCAAGUUGCAUAAAUGAAUCGAUAUAUAAUUCCAUUCUUAAUAGCAAAGUGGAGCCUGUACUUGAAAAUCUAGAAAAUCUGGAUGUCAGUGCAUUUCAAGCACCUGAAGAUUUAUUAGAUGGUUGUCGGAUAUAUCUUUGCGGUUUUAGUGGCAGAAAACUAGAUAAACUGAGAAGGCUUAUUAACAGUGGAGGUGGAGUUCGUUUUAACCAGCUCAAUGAAGAUGUAACUCAUGUUAUUGUGGGAGAUUAUGAUGAUGAAUUGAAGCAGUUUUGGGAUAAAUCAGCCCACAGGCCUCAUGUAGUGGGAGCAAAAUGGUUGCUACAGUGUUUUAGUAAAGGUUAUAUGCUUCCUGAAGAGCCAUAUAUCCAUGCUAAUUACAAACCAGUGGAAAUUCCAGUUUCAGAUCAACCUGAAAGUAAAACAGCCCUUUUAAAAAAGAACAACAGCUUCUCCAAGAAAAACUUCGCUUCUGCUGAAAAGCAUGAGCAAGCUGAUGAAGAUCUGCUCUCUCAAUAUGUAAAUAAUAAUGCAACAGUAGUUGAAGCUGCAAAGUCUGAAGUUGGGGCCUUUAAUGACACUACUCAUGUUGAGCCCUUGAAUGAUUCUACUCAUAUUUCUAUGCAAGAAGAAAACCAAUCUUCUGUCAGUCAUGACCCCCCUGAUUACUCUACAAUUACGGAAGAAGGUUUAUUUAGCCAAAAGAGUUUCCUUGUUUUGGGUUUUAAUAGUGAAAAUGAGUCUAACAUUGCAACUGCCAUAAGAGAAAAUGCUGGAACAACCGUAUCCCUUCAGAGCAGAAUUGUUGCCGAUUAUGCAGUGGUUCCUCUGCUGGGGUCUGAAAUAGAAGCAACUGUGGGAGAAGUUGUUACAAAUACCUGGCUGGUAACUUGUAUAGAGUAUCAGACUUUAAUUGAUCCCAAGUCAAGUCCUCUCUUCAAGCCAGUCCCAGUAAUGGCAGGAAUGACUCCUUUAGAGGAUUGUGUUAUUUCCUUCAGCCAGUGUGUGGGAGCAGAAAAAGACUCAUUGACAUUCUUAGCAAAGUUCCUUGGAGCAAGCGUUCAAGAAUUCUUUGUUCGCAAAUCCAAUGCAAAGAAAGGCAUGUUUGCUAGUACACAUCUUGUGUUGAAAGAACCAAGUGGUUCUAAAUACGAAGCUUCCAAGAAGUGGAAUUUACCGGCAGUUACUAUAGCUUGGCUGUUGGAGACUGCUAGAACUGGAAGGAGAGCAACUGAAUACCAUUUUCUGAUUGAAAAUUCAACUAAAGAAGAGCAAAGCUUAGAAACUGAAAUAACAAAUGGGAUGAAUCUAAAUUCAGAUGCUGCGGAGCAUCCUGCCAUAAGCCUGGAAACUCACAGAAAAGCUGCUGUUACUCCUUUAGAUAUGAACCGCUUUCAGAGUAAAGCUUUCCAUGCUGUGAUCUCACAGCACACCGGGCAGGCUCCACAGCCCGCUCCCGCAGCACAGCCGCUGCAGAAGGAGCCCUCGUUAGACCUGGAUACGCCAUCAAAAUUUCUGUCCAAGGACAAACUCUUCAAGCCUUCCUUUGAUGUAAAGGAUGCACUGGCAGCCUUAGAAACUCCAGGAGGACCUAGCGAAAAGAAAAGGAAGCUGAGUACACCCCUCUCUGAAGUCAUUGGCAGAAACUUGAAGCUUGCUUUGGCAAACAGCUCAAGAGAUGCUGUGGCUCUUUCUGCCAGCCCUCCACUGAAGGACACUCAAUCAGAGACGGAAGAAGCUCCAAAGCCACUUCACAAGGUAGUGGUAUGUGUUAGUAAAAAACUCAGCAAGAAGCAGAGUGAACUAAAUGGGAUUGCGGCUUCUCUAGGAGCAGAUUACAGGUGGAGUUUUGAUGAAACAGUGACUCAUUUCAUCUAUCAAGGGCGACAGAAUGACACUAAUCGAGAAUAUAAAUCUGUAAAAGAAAGAGGAAUACACAUUGUUUCAGAGCACUGGCUUUUAGAAUGUGCCCAGGAGUAUAAGCACCUUCCUGAAUCUCUGUAUCCACAUACUUAUAAUCCCAAAAUGAGCUUGGAUAUCAGCGCAGUGCAAGGUGACAGACUCUCUAAUAGUCGGCUGCUCUCAGCUGAUGGGACAACAAACAAUGAUGAGCCAGAUCAUUUGCCUGUAGAAGAAAAUGAUAUAGACAAUAUGACCACCAGUAACAAAGAAGUAGCAACGUCAAAUGGAAAUGGAAGGAAUGACUCUAAAGGAGCACUGACACAGACCUUGGAGAUGAGAGAGAAUUUCCAAAAGCAGCUCCAGGAGAUAAUGUCUGCAACAUCAAUAGUGAAACCCCAAGGGCAAAGGACCUCCCUUUCAAGAAGUGGUUGUAACAGUGCUUCUUCAACCCCUGACAGCGCUCGCUCCGUCCGCAGUGGACGAAGUAGAGUCCUGGAGGCCCUGAGGCAGUCUCGUCAAACAGUACCUGACAUCAACACAGAGCCCUCCCAGAAUGAACAGAUCAUUUGGGAUGACCCUACAGCCAGAGAGGAGAGGGCCCGGCUUGCCAGCAAUUUGCAGUGGCCGAUUUGCCCCACACAAUACUCUGAACCUCAGGCCGACAUUAAAAAUUUGGAGGAUUCUCCUUUCCAGGAGCCUUUCCAUGAUUUGAAAACUGCUGAACAGGCUGUCUGUGAUCCUGGAAACGUGUGUGUGACUGAAGCUCCAAAACACCCCACCUCUGAAGAACUGGAAACCCCAACAAAAGACAGCCACCUGAUCCCGACGCCUCAAGCCCCCAGCAUUGCGUUCCCCCUGGCCAACCCCCCCGUGGCUCCACACCCGAGAGAAAAGAUAACAAUAGAGGAGACUCAUGAAGACUUAAAAAAACAGUACACAUUUCAGAUGUCAUCUCUGAAUCCUCAAGAACGUAUUGAUUAUUGUCAUCUGAUUGAGAAAUUAGAUAAUAGUAACUGCAUAAACUUAAAAUUUCCCGAUUUUUAUUUAGCCUCAGUGGCAGCUGGGAAGUGGGUUCUUCAUCGCUCCUACCUUGAAGCAUGCAGGACUGCUGGGCAUUUUGUGGCGGAAGAAGACUAUGAAUGGGGAAGUAGUUCCAUACUUGAUGUUUUGACUGGAAUCAGUGCACAGCAACGAAGACUAGCACUUGCAGCAAUGAGAUGGAGGAAAAAAAUCCAGCAGAGUCAAGAAUUUCAACACAAUGUUCUGUGUUUGCAGGGGGCGUUUAGCGGGUGGAAGGUUAUUUUACAUGUUGCCGAUCAGUCCCGAGAAGCAGGAUUCAGACGGCUGCUUCAGUCCGGAGGAGCGAAGGUGCUACCUGGUCAUUCUGUGCCUUUAUUUAAAGAAGCCACACAUCUCUUUUCUGACUUUAAUAAACUGAAACCAGAUGACUCAGGACUUAAUAUAGCAGAAGCUGCUGCCCAGUACGUGUACUGCUUGAAAACAGAAUACAUUGCUGAUUAUCUCAUGCAGGAAGCCCCGCCUCCAGUAGAAAAGUACUGUCUACCAGAAGCUGUUUCCUUUCUUCAGAAUUACAAGGAACUGGGGUCUGGAUUAUCACAAAAGCGAAAAGCUCCUCCAGAGAAAAAUAGUACCAAACGGCCUCGAGUGAACUGAUGCAUCUGCUCUUCAGUACCAAACCGUAAACGUUGUUAAAUUCAGAGCCUGAAUGUUACUGUGAUGGUUUGUGAAGAACUCCGCUCAGGGGAGAAUGAUGACCCUGCUUGAAGUUAGUUUUUAACACUUGAAAUUUCAAUCAGUGAAAUAUUACUUGUUCCUGAAUGGAGAGUUCCCUGAAAUAACACAACACAACCCCUCAGCUAGCUUGUUACUAAAACACGUUGAAGUGUGCAAGGGGCUUUUUAUGUAUGUAUUUUCUUAUAACUAUCUGAGGCUGUCUCUUAGUGGGAGUUUUAUCAGCAAGGUGAUGGAUUUUGCCUUAAAAUGUCUGCUUGAAUCCAUAACAAGGAAGUUUAUUGGGAUCUAUUCAUGUUUUCCUGAUUUUUAAAUUCUCACCAUUUUACCUCUUUUUAACAGGAGCCUGAACACAAGCUUUAAUGAGGAACUGAGGCUUUAAAUUAAAAUAUGUGUGUAUAUAUGUAUAUGUAUGUUUGUACAAAUCUCCAUGAUGUUUGCUAAGUUUGGAUGCCAAACUUGGAAAAUAAAAACAAUAAAGAAUAAAAGUCAUAUGUUUUUUAUAAGAAAAA